UCUGCUCUGUUCUUCUUCUUCAGCUCGGGGAUGUCACUCAGCUCUCUGGACGAGUUGCACGUCAGCUUGGUGAAUCAGACGUGGAAGUUUUCAAAUAGCGACGAGGCUCUCGUUAUGAUUAGAAACAUGAUCCUAAACUUCCCCUCCUGCUGCGUGCUGGAUGACGAAGGUCAGCCCGUGUCCUGGAUCCUGGUGUAUGAUUACUGUGCCAUGGGCAUGCUGUACACGCUGCCUGAGCACAGAGGGAAAGGUUAUGCCAAAGUCCUGAUCUGCAGCAUGGCGAGGAGGCUCCACGCUGAGGGGUACCCGGUGUACACCUUCAUCGAGGAGGAGAACACGCUCUCCCACAGGCUCUUUACAAAGCUGGGCUUCACUGAGGCGCCCUCAUACAGAGGGGCGUGGUUUGAGUUCAAUGAGUUUUAA